AUGAAAAAGAGAAGACAAUCAACAAAUAAUGAAAAGCAGGAAGAUCUUUAUGAACCUGAAAAGAUAUUAGAUAAAAAAGUUAAUUAAAGUGGUACUUCCUAUUUGGUUAAAUGGAAAGGUUUUAGGGCUUCACAAGCAACAUGGGAAUUUUAUAAAAACAUAUCUCAUUGCAAUUGGCUUUUUGAAGAUUGGGAAGAGUAGUAAAAUAGAAAGGAAUUACAAAAAAUCAAGAAUAUGGAUAGGAUAAUAGACAAAAAAUAUGUAAAUAGUAAAGUUUUUUAUUUGGUUUCUCUAAAAAAUGGCGGAGAAGAUGUAUGGAUUAGAAGAAAGGCUUUGAUGCUUGACCAUGCCGAUAAAAUUUCUGAAUAUGAAAAGAGUGAUUAAUUGGUUGGGGCUAAAAGAAAAUAUUAAUAGAAAAGAUUUAGCAAAAGCUAAGAUAGAUUUCUUAGCAGUGAUGAAGAUUUGAGCGAUUCUUAAAGUGAUAAAAAUUCAGAUAAUAGCUAAAAUAAUUCAAGCAAUAGCGAUAAUAGUUAAAGUAGAAGCGGAAGCAGUUCAGAUUCAUGCAGUAGAAGCUCUUCAGAAGAUAAUUAAGAUGAAAAUACAAAUUAAAGAGGAAAAAGUAAUGGUAGAAGAAAGGGUAGAAUUUAUAACAAUAAAAAAAAACCGAAGAGAGGAGGAAAUAGAAAAAAUUAAAAAGGAUAGAAUAUUAAUGAUUCAAAUAGUAGCUCAGAUGAGAAUAGUGAGCAAGAAGUCUCUGAAUCAAGAAGAAUAGUUAAAACAAAAAGAAAAAUUCCAAAAAAAUGCAAAAUUUUAUAUGAUAAGCUUCCUUUUUAUGGUAUACUUGGUAUAGAUGAACCAAAAUCUAUAAAAAAUAUGGUCAUAGACAAAAGAGUAGGGACGAAGGAUGAUGGAUAUUUUGCUUGUGAUAUUAUUUGGAAAAUUAGACCUAAUAAACAAUAGCCUGUCGAUAGUAGAGUCAGCAGAAAAGAUAUAAAAGAGUUCUAUCCUCUUAUUUUAAUAGAAUUUUAUGAGUAUAAUAUGACAUAUAAUGGUGAAGUAGUCAAUGCUGAUGAUGAAGAUGACUUAGAAUAUUACAAUGGUGAUGAUGAAGAAGAUGCUGAUCAUGAUGAUGAGUAUUAUUAAAAAUUAUAAAGAAAAGCUGGUAAAAAACCUCUUGAAAACGAAAACUCAGAAGCUGAUAAUUAGGAUGAAAAAUCUGAAGAUUCAUUUAGCUUUUAGAAUUAGAUUUACUAUGGGUAUGCUAAAACUAAUGAAUAGAAAAAGUAUGUUAAAUUUGAUGAAAAAUUCUUCAACAACAAUCAAAUGGAAGAAAUGUGA